ACCACCACCCCAUCCUCCCUCCAGGCCACAGCAAGCCCCUUCCUUCUGCUGGGACCCCAAAGAGAACCCCCACCACAUACAAGCUGCUGAUCCAUUGGCCCAGGAUGAAGGCUCUGCCCCCCUUGCUCUUCCUCAUUCUCCUGCCAGCCGCCUCCCAGAGCCCCCUUCGCUCCCACCAGGCCUUGCUGGAGCUUCUGGGGGAAGACCUGGAGGCCCUGCUCUCUGAGCGGGAGGGGAGCCCCACUCUGCUCCCCCAGGACCUGGUCUCCCGGCUCUUAAAGCGGCAUCGCCCUGCCUCCCAGGAGCCCCCCACCCCAGCCCUCCCUCCCGAAGCCUGGGCCCAUCUCCUGAGCGACCUCCUCAAGUCCCAGAAGAGCCUCCGGUGGCGGCCCAAGAAGGUGACCAUGGGCCAACAAGGCUGUUUUGGCAUCAAGCUGGACCGGAUCGGGACCCUCAGCGGCCUCGGCUGCUAG